GCAUGACCCUUGACCUUUCAAGGACGGAAAUAGCAAGAUGGCAGCUCCUAUAAGACGUGCUGUAGCAGAAAUGCCAGCCUGGAGAAAGGCUCUUCAACGAUGGGCCUACCAUAAAUCGAAUUUUGGAAAACUGGGUUUGAUGAUAGAUGAUUGUCUAUAUGAAACACCUGAAGUAAAAGAGGCUGUAAGUCGUCUACCAGCAGAUUUAUAUAAUCAGAGAGUAUAUCGUAUCUCACGAGCUCUCAAUCUCUCCAUGCGAAAAGAUAUUUUACCUAAAGAGGAACAACACACGGUAGAUGAUGAUGUGAGAUAUCUAAAGCCAUAUUUGGACGAAGUAAAGAAGGAAAAAGCUGAAAAACUAGAAUGGGACCUGAAAUAAAAUGAUAUUUAAUAUGGUGGAGUUGAUUGAUGACAAGUUGAUGAGACCAUAGAAGAAUGUUUUUGAUUAUUCGAUUUGGAUAUCAGUUUAGUUUAUAAUCACCUAUCAGUUGUUAACAUCUUUCGACUUUAUGCAAGAACAAUAUGGAUUGGCAAAUAUUCAGUUUAUGUAUCUAUUACAGGGGCAGAUCUGGGGGAUGGGGGAAAGACCCCUUCCCCUAAGAUAUAUUGUCUCAGGUACCGGACAAACCCCCUCCUGCAAAAAUUACUGGAUCCGCCCUUGUAUUAGGAACAGUUUUUUGAGUAAAAUCAUUUUAAAAUGGACAGUUUUUGGUUAUAAAGGAUUUGAUAUUCAACAAGUGAUGUAAGAUAGUGUUGUUAUUAUCCAUAAUAAAAUAUAGGCAAUAUAAACUUUCA